CAAUGUCAAUUCAUCUAUCCCACAAACCGCCUCGAAUGCCCAUGGGCGACCUGCUCUCCGCUCCCCGCCUCCAGCUUGGUUAAUCAAUCCUCGGGCAGUUCUAGCACCAAUGUAGGUGCGAUCGCAGGAGGCGCCAUUGGCGGCCUCGUUGCCAUCGCUGCCGUUACAUAUCUGGUCUGGAGGUUCUGUGUCAGGACGAGGCGGCAGCCGAUUGAGCAGGAGGUGUGGGUGGAAGAAAACGUCAAGGUUCCUGAGAUUGAAGCUGCCCCGCGCCGCGACAACCGCACUUCUACACAUACCGUUCAGUCGAUAGCAUCGACUGUCCUCACGCGGGCUUCCAACAUUAUCCAGAUCGCAUACAUUCCCGGCGUCACCAACCGCGCGGCCAACACAUCGCCUACACUCCUCGUUCCCCCAGUACCGCCCAUCCCGAUCGCCAUAUCACAAGCAAACAGUCCUGCUGCGACAGAGGAUCAACACUUUUUCGUCCCCGGCGGCCUGCGCGACUCCACAUACUCUGGUCUCUCUGCUUAUACGGACCGUACCUCGUUUGCUCGGACGUCCUACGCGCCGCGGUCCAGUGUUGCGUCAACUAUUUAUGGCAAGAAUGCUGUCAUCGUCGCUCCAGCCCAGACCGGUAUGAUGACUAGGCCUGCCAUGGUCAGCGUGAGGUCUGCUCACUCGAACGGCUCGAAUGGCAGCUCGACUCCUCCAGUCCCGGCCGUUGACUACGACAAGUACAACAACCUUAUUCGACCUCCGAGCCCCGCAAACAGCACAUUCAGUGUGGGGUCGACGUUUUUGAACAACGCCAGCGCUCAUACCGCUACCCCUGCACGCGCCAUGGUCGUCCGUGUGGGGAGUAUAAAGAAGUCGACGCUGGGCAGACCGAGGAUAGCCGAGGAAACCGUAUCUUCACCCAGCGAGUCUUCAACCGUCCGCGACUCCAAUGCCGCCACUAUCAUCAUUGACUCGCCGGCCUCGGAUCAAGGGCCUUUCAGGGAUCCUCCAGAGCGGUCAGCGAGCCAAAGCACGACGAGUCUCAGUGCCGUGAUCGAGGAGGCAACGCGGCGGGCUUCACAGAGGGACUCGCAAAAGGAGUCGCCAAGCCUGCUCAAGGGGAGAGAACGAAGUCCCUUUGGCGACGAGAAUGCCACGCAGGACUGA